AUGUGUUGCAACUACAGCAACUCCUGUGGCUAUGGCUGCGGCUAUGGCUAUGGCUGUGGCUGUGGCCCCUAUUAUGGCUGUGGCUACGGAACAGGCUAUGGCUGUGGAUAUGGUACCAGAUAUGGCUGUGGAUAUGGCUGUGGAUAUGGCUCCUGCUGUGGCUAUGGCACUGGAUAUGGCUGUGGCUAUGGCUAUGGCUCUGGCUGCUAUGGCUACCGGCCAUUUUGCUACAGAAGAUGUUAUUCUUCUUGCUGCUAG